AUGUCGAAACACCAUCCAGAUCUAAUCAUGUGCAGGCGCCAGCCAGGCAUUGCCAUUGGCCGUCUAUGUGAGAAGUGCGAUGGAAAAUGCCCUGUCUGUGAUUCCUACGUACGCCCAGAGACCCUCGUGCGUAUUUGUGAUGAGUGCAACUUCGGUACUUACGGAGGGCGAUGCAUCAUAUGCGGUUCACCUGGUAUCUCUGACGCAUAUUAUUGCGCCGAGUGCACACGAUUAGAGAAGGACCGUGACGGUUGUCCAAAGAUCGUGAACCUUGGUGCCAGUCGGACGGACCUCUUCUAUGAGCGGCGUCGUCUAGGCUUCAAGAAAGGUUAGGCCGUGUAGACGAUGCGCCGGUGGCGCCUGUUUACCCUGUUGUACCAUUACCCUCUCUGUUAUACAUUCCUUUGUGCUGUAUGCAUUCUUCUUGGUCAUUCAGUGCAGAUCGACCACUUGCAAUUGCCGUUAACAUCGCUUGAGGUCUCGCGUCGCGUCUUAUGUGAUGAGUUGUAUCCGGCCUGAACGCUGCUUGAACCUUGGUGGCAAUGCAGCACGAUAGUCCACGUCAGACUAGUACAGUGUACUUCGGGCUGGCAGCUACUCAGUGGUUUCGUUCUCUAGUAGACUUCGUGCGCGGUGUUUUCUUUCUAGAAAAGCAAUCAAUAUAUUGAUCAAUGCUCG